AUGGAGCGGGGUUACGCGCCGAGAAAUGAAAAUAUGCACUUUGGCACCCAAUCCGGGCCCAGUGCCUGCAAAUCCAAAAAGGGAGUGCCUUGCUUGCUCGGUCUUCCAAGUGAAAUACUUGCUACUAUCUUUGAAUAUUCUGGUGAAAAGGGCCUCUGCAGCCUGGCUGGGGUGUGCCAGCAGUUCCACGGCAUGGCCGUGGCGCUGCUGUACCGCAACCUCCACCAUUCAAUUCAUGCAGACGAUCCCGUCUACACUCAGGACUCCCUGGAUCGAUUCACGGCCAUGGUGGAAGCAGUGAGUACCAGCAACCUUCAGUACGCGUCGUGUGUCAGGGACAUUGAAGUGAGGCAUAUUGCGCCCUACGAAUCAGAUAACAGACAGGGAAUUGUGGUUAAAAGGCCAAGUCAGAGUUACGAGGCAGGCCGAUACCUCAGUAGUCUUCUUGUCAUUUCUCUGCGGAAGACGACUGGUUUAACUAGCUUUAGUUGGGAUAUUCGCCUGGAACUUACACCCUCUGUGUACCAAGCGCUCAGUAGAGUUCCUGACAUUCGCGACGUCCAUAUCCGUCUCCCAGCACGCACGACUCCAGGGCCCACUGAUGCUACACUUGGACAGAUGCUCCAGACUCCACAUUUCCACUUCAACCAAGAUAAUCCGCCGCCCAGGGAAAUCCGGCCCAGCUGCACUGGUGCCGAAGCUCAGUUGCUGAAGGAUCUCGACAAACUUCAGCAUGUGCCAACUCUUUCCCUCCUUUCGGGACUCAAGAAUCUCUCGGUGUUGGAUAUUGAGGAUCUGAAACUGGUGUUGCAACUCCCGCAGUGUAUCUCGCAGUGCUCGUCAACGUUGAAGUCGCUCAAGUUGUCGUUCUCCGACGAGCUUGCAAAGUCGGCGCGGAAGAAAACAGCUUCCAAUUCGGCGCCAGAUGCGACGAUGACAUUCGGGGAUGUGCUCAUUUUAGCCGCACCGCAGUGGGAAGACGACCUCCUUUUGGCUCCGCAGGCCACUCCAGUCGAUCCUGCUCUGCCCUCAGAUCCCGUGGUCCGAAGGGAACGCUCCAUUCAGGAGUCAAUUCUGGCGUACAUCUUCAAGGUGGAAGAUGGCGACCAUCGCAACAAGUAUCUGGAGGAAGCCCUGCUGGAAGGCAAUGCCCGCAAAUCGCAGAUGGGGGACAAUGUCGUUUCGGAAGAGACAAGGGACCGAAAGUUUCUGAAGUCUGUACGCUCAAUGGUCCGUGUGCUGCCAAAGAUGAUGGUGCUUAACUCGGAGAAUCCAGCCAUCAUCAACGUACUGCACAGGCUCGACCAAGCUGCAACUCAGUACUUGGGCCGCAACCCCAAGCAGCCGAGCGAGAGCAUUGUCAAAGCGAGUGCCAGCAAUUCUGCCCCAACCAGUGCUCCCAAGCCCUCUCCGUUGAACAGCGGCAAGACCGAAUUCUCAGUGAGCAAGAAGAAGGAGAAGUGUCCGACCGACGUAAUCGACAUGGAGUAUCCCGACAUAGUCGAAGAGGAAGGAGACGAUCAGGUGUUCAUCGAUGAGACACAUCGGUCAGUUACAGAGGGUAGUGUCCGGGCUUUUGCGCGCCAGCCAGUGCGGGCAGCAAGGCCCAGUUCAUCUGCCGACAAAGGAAAGGGAAAACAGCCGGUCAGAACCCCUCCGGUCGAAAUGCGCACAGCAGAAGAGGCGCGAGAGUGCUAUGUCCGCAACACCCAUGGCAUCCCACUGGAAAGCCUUUCUAUCCAUCUCAUUCCAGUGACCGCCGGUGUGCUUAGCAAGGCUGUUGACCUGACCUCUCUCCACCACCUGUCGCUACUCAACGUUGGUCCGCAAAGCACGCUCUGGUCUUUCCUCAAGCGACUCAACCAGAUUUAUCCUCUCCCACUGACAUCCAUCCACACGGACAAUGUCACGCCCGCGUUCUGCAGCUUCAUCAACAGCAUGGACAAGAUCACCGAGCUGUUCCUGUUCGAGCGCUUCAGUAAAGCCAAGGUGGAGUCACUGGCCGCCAAGACCACCGUGAACGCAGUCACCAUUCGCAAGGAGAUCCUAAACAAGCACAUGGGCAACCUCCAGCGAUUGGUAAUCCGCAACGACGAGAGUGACAGCUGGACUGCCGACCCGGCCACCAUCCUACAGAUCAGCCAGCGGGGAGGCAAGCUAAUCGAGCUCGGAGUUUCUGUGAACAACUGCAGCAUCCACUAUCUCAUCCAACAAAUCGGCAGCUUCCGGUCUCUCAAGGCGCUGCAAGUCUUCUGGUACCGCCAGGACAUGUGCACGACCACGCUGCGCGAGGUCCAGCACAGCCUUAUCGACGGCAUCCUGCACUUUCCACACCUCAACAUCGAAUACGUGGCCAUGUGCCAUUGCAUGCACGGGCCGAUCGCUAACGGCGCGAUUCAGAUCUCCGGUCGCUUCAGACAUCUGACCAAAGCGUGCGCGAUCCUCCGAGAGGCAGCUGCUCAAGACAACCCUCAGUCUUCGUCUUCUUCGCAGCCAGCUUCGGCUACUAACGUCCCGCACGGCAUGAUGUUUCCGGUAGAGAAUAGUGAAGGUGACGCGGUGCCCUUGUUUGGGGUGGAACUGACCACGCGGGCGUUGCUGAGCAUCGAGGACAUCAGCGGGGUGAAGAUGUGGGAGAAGGGAGCGUGGGAGAUGAAGUUGUAG